AUGGCUAACAGUGUGACCGUCAACACAAAGACUACGAAGCAUACCUUCUCUUGCAGUUUCUACCGUGAGGAUAUAACACCUUUGGUCCGAUUGAGCACCCGAGUUACUGGGCAAAAUUUGGAUGAAUUCAGAAAGACUUAUGGCCAUAUUCUGCUUAUGUUAACUACUCGUGUUGAUGAGUGGGGUCUCUACACUCUUCUUCAGUUUUAUGAUUCUGAGCUGCGCUGCUUUACCUUUCAAGAUUACCAACUAGCCCCUACCCUUGAGGAGUAUGCACAUAUCCUUCAAAUCAAAGUUCAACAUAAGGAUAACUGGAAGCCUAAUGGCGGGACCCAUGGAUUCUAUGUGAAAUUUCUGAUGAGGGAAGCUGAAACCCUUGCUGAUAAGGAAAAGUGGAAAGAAUUCAAUGCUCUCCUGGCUGUCAUGAUCUACGGAUUAGUGAUGUUCCCGAAUAUUCCAAAUUUUGUUGAUCUCACUGCCAUUUGUCUCUUCAUGGAUCAAAAUCCUAUACCCACUCUGUUGGCCGACACUUAUUAUGUCAUCCAUUCUAGGUACGGAAAAAAAGGAUCAGUUGGGGGUUGUUUGCCAAUACUGUACGAAUGGUUUUCUUCACAUUUGCCUAAAAGUGGAGCAUUUGUCACUACAAGAGAUUCACAGAAGUGGCCCCAAAGGAUUAUGGGACUUACUGCAAAUGAUAUUGUUUGGUAUCACCUCCGAACAGACAUCGAGCAAGUUAUAACCAGAUGUGGCAGCUUUGGCAAUGUUCCCCUCAUAGGGACAAAAGGAGUUAUCAACUAUAAUCCGAAGCUAGCACUGCGCCAGUUGGGUUUUGUACUGAAGGACAAGCCUUUGGAUAAAGAGAUAUUUGAGUCCGUUUGCUUUGAAAAAGGAACCGAUCCAGAAAGUUUGGAGAAAGUAAGGAGUGCGUGGAACAAAAUUCAUACAGAAGACCAAACUACCUUGGGGGGAAAGAAUGCUAUUGCUAAGAAAGCUUAUACUGAAUGGGUUGAAGAGAGAGUUAAGGAGCGUCUGUUGCCCUUCCCGAAAGUUAGCCCUCUAUAUGAACAACCACCUGAGAUUUUAACUGCCACUGUACCAGCUGAGGAAUACAACCAAGUACAUGUGGAGAAUAUCAGGUUGCGAGAAAAAGGGGAAGACGCUAAAAUAAAGUACUUCUUGGUGGAUCAGAAAAGGGCUGAAUUAGCACAUGAGCUUGAAGAGGAAACCACCCAAAGGGUAGCAAUCGAGAAGAAGCUUGAAGAGGAAAUUACUCAAAGGAUAGCCGUGGAGACACAACUUAAAGGUAGUCAUCUCCGUUCCGCUCGACUAACAGAAGAAAAUGCAAAGCUCAGAAACCAGAUAGCAGAAAUGGAAAGUACAUCUGAAAAGAAUACCCUCCCUGAUUGCAAAGGAUGUGAGAGCUUGGUGGCUCACUGUGAUAUGUUAGAUGGGCAGUUGUUUCGCAAAGAUGUGGUGAUUCAAAGUUUUGUCAAAGGAAGAGAUCGAGAAAUGACCAAGAAGAUGUUUGAUGAAACUAAGAAGUGGAGCGACGAGCACUUUAAACAAGGAGGACCUUUGUUUUACACCAAGAUGGACUAG